AUGCCCACAGCAGAGGAAACCAACCAGUCUGAUAAAGGCGUAUCACAGCUCAACUUUGAAGUCAACGGCCUCUAUAUUCUUCUAUCUGACCGCGGCGACAAGAGCUACACAUUCCACUGGCGCUUCUACCUACACCAAAGUUCGACAUCAGGCUCGAUCUACCAUCUACUAAACGACAUCGAUCCAGCCAUUUGGCGCUUCGGACAUCUACCCGACCAGACUGUGAUCUAUGACCCACUACUCCUCGGCGCCCUCAAGAUAGGAGUUUUAGACCCUACGCUCCACGCGCAUUUUCUCGAGCGCCUUCGCCAAAUCCCAAUCGUCGAUUCAGUUCGAUUCCGCGAGAGAAUUACUUGCCGGGUAUGGCUCAAGGAAGCUCUCUUUGAGUUAGAUGACGAAGGAUACAUCAUGCUCAUGAGGAGUGUGGAUGAUAUUGAAGCUGAAGCGAGGAGCCUCGCGCUUCAGAAUAAGAGUUUAGCCAGGCGGACGGUUGUGAGGAGUGGUGGGAGCCAGGGUUAA